GAACUCUCCUCCAGCGGAAGUCCGUGGCUCACUCGUCGACUCGACUUGCAAUUUUGCAUCCUUGAGCCCGGUCCAGCCGAAAUGAAGCCGCCGCCGCGCACGCGCAACAAACCGGUUCGGAACGUGCACUCUCCCGAAGCCAAGCGAGCCUGCGCCUGGUCCCGAAAGGAACAAAUGAUGCUGCUGCACGCCCUGAGGAGGCAGAGCGGCUCGUUAGCGAACGUCGACUACUGCUUACUCAAGCAGGCUGUGCCUUCUCGCUCCGUUUCUGAGAUCCAGUCGGUGGUGGAACGCCUCCAGAACAAGGUGAUUGCUUGCGCCACCUUUCAGCUGAAGAGCAGAAUGGCGGCAGAGAAGGCGGCGGCGGCGCCCAUUCAGGCGUGGACCCAUUUGGCCCGGGCUGUGUCCGGGAGCCUCGACGGUCCGCUUUCCAAGGCCUUCUCUCAGAUGUGGACCGUGGCGUCCACGGAGCCUCGCGCGCUCAAGAACUGCCACCCGCCGCGGCUCGACGGGCCACGGAGCGACGCCGGUGCCGUCGGUCGGACCGCCGUCCCCGCAGACUGCACGGUGGACUUUGAGAGGAUCUACAUCUACCUGAGUGGCAUCCACAAGCCAGAGGGCAAGCGUGAGCUCACAGCCAUGGAGAGCGCAGUGGUGUUGGACCUUGUGAUGUCUCUCCCAGAGGAGCUGGGCCUCCUCCGCUGCCAAAGCCUGUGCAGACAUCUCAUCCAGGGAUACCAGGACUUGUCUGAAGCGAAAGGCUCCGAGAAUGCCCAAAAAGUGCUGACGGAGCUCAAGAGGCAGCGACGAGGAAGCGAUCAGGAGCCUCGGCGGGAUGACGCCGACGCAGAUGCAAACGUCGCAGGACAAACAUCAGGAAGCGGCGAACCCACGUGGACGGGACUGUGUCCCCCCCUCAACCCUUUCAUGAUUCCACUGGAGCUCUUAAGGCGGAGAUAGGACUUCAUUGCUUUUUCAAACACACCAUCUUUGUUGGAUAUGUGUUUUUUCAGUGUUGUAUUGCUCAAUUAAAACUACUUACUCAAA